CCCUCAAAUUUUUCCCUCUCUUUUAUUUUAACAUUUUUUACACUUUAAUACAUACCAGUACACAUCACUCCCUUCUCUUCUUCCACCGCACCUCCCUAAUCAUUUCUGACCCCUCCCCCACCUCUUUUAAAAGUCUCUUUCUCUCUCUCCAAUUAAACAUUACAACUAUUUAGAGUAAGCAUUGCCGCGUAGAGAGGCAAAAGAUUUUUUGUUAGUUAAGUGUGUGGGAGCAAAAUGACUCUCAAUUUAGCUGCUGUUGGAGCCUUGCUUCUAUGUGUUUCUACUUCUUUGUUUCACAUUACUUCAGCUGAAGAUCCCUAUAAAUUCUUCAACUGGAAUGUUACUUACGGUGACAUUUACCCACUUGGAGUUCGUCAAAGGGGUAUAUUGAUCAAUGGCCAAUUCCCUGGUCCAGACAUUCAUUCUGUUACAAACGACAACCUCAUUAUCAAUGUCUUCAACAGUUUGAAUGAACCCUUUCUCAUCUCAUGGAAUGGGAUCCAGCAGAGAAGGAACUCAUUCGAAGAUGGUGUUUCGGGAACAACAUGCCCCAUCCCACCAGGGAGGAACUUCACAUAUAUUCUUCAAGUGAAGGAUCAAAUUGGAAGCUUUUACUACUUUCCAUCUCUAGCAUUUCAAAAAGCAGCUGGUGGUUUUGGAGGCAUUAGGAUACUCAGUAGACCUAGAAUUCCAGUCCCUUUCCCUGAACCAGCUGGAGAUUACACUGUCCUUAUUGGUGAUUGGUACAAGUCCAACCAUACGACUCUGAAAGCCCAUCUUGAUAAGGGAAAGAAGCUUCCUAUACCUGAUGGAGUCCUCAUCAAUGGUCGUGGACCUAAUGGAUUAUCAUUCAAUGUUGAACAAGGAAAGACUUAUAGGCUUAGGAUAUCAAACGUGGGAUUGCAACAUUCCCUUAACUUUCGAAUUCAAAACCACAAAUUGAAGUUGGUAGAAGUGGAAGGAACACACACACUUCAAACUACAUACUCCUCACUUGAUGUUCAUGUGGGACAAUCUUACUCAGUGCUAGUAACUGCUGAUCAACCUUCUCAGGACUACUACGUUGUGGCUUCCACAAGAUUCUCCUCUAAGAUCCUCACCACCACUGCGGUGCUUCGCUAUAGCAAUUCUGCAGGCGCAGUAUCAGGCCCACCCCCUGGUGGACCUACAAUCCAAGUUGAUUGGUCUUUGAACCAGGCCCGCUCAAUCAGGACUAACCUUACAGCAAGUGGACCAAGGCCUAACCCACAAGGAUCCUACCAUUACGGUCUCAUAAACACAACAAAGACAAUCAUUCUGGCUAGCUCUCCUGGUCAGGUUAAUGGCAAGCAAAGAUAUGGAAUAAACAGUGUAUCUUAUGUUGUCCCAGACACGCCUCUUAAGCUCGCUGAUUACUUCAAAAUCUCCGGUGUUUUUCGCGUUGGAAGCAUAUCUGAGAGACCCACUGGUGGUGGCCUUUACCUUGACACAUCUGUGAUGCAAGCUGAUUACAGAUCUUUUGUUGAGAUUGUCUUCCAAAACAACGAGAACAUUGUUCAGAGCUAUCAUCUUGAUGGCUACUCUUUCUUUGUUGUUGGUAUGGAUGGAGGACAGUGGACAACUUCUAGCAGAAACGGGUACAAUCUUCGAGAUGCAGUAGCGCGUUGCACCACUCAGGUAUAUCCCUAUUCAUGGACGGCUAUUUAUGUUGCACUUGACAACGUUGGAAUGUGGAACUUGAGGACCGAGUUUUGGGCACGACAGUAUCUUGGCCAACAAUUUUAUUUACGCGUUUACACAGCAUCAACCUCAAUCAGAGACGAGUUUCCUAUUCCAAAGAAUGCACGUCUUUGUGGUAGGGCAAGUGGGAGACAUACCCGCCCCCUUUGAGCUAGCAAAGGUUUAAAAGCAUCCAUUCCAUGCUUGAGAAGGCAUUAUAGCUUUAGAGUCGUGAAAAGUAGUUAACUUAUCUACUUCUAUUUUUAUUGUUUGAAUGUUUCAAAUAUAUAUGUUGUGCUCCUGUCGAAUCAAGAACGACCACCACGUUUGAGUCUGAAAGACCUCAGCUCGAGGUCACAUUCUUUCCCAGCCGAAAAAGAAUACUAUAUAUAUAUGUUCCCUUUGUAUUAUCUAAAAUUUUACUAGUAUUAUUAUAAAGUAUGGUGAAAAGAAUUGCAGAAGUUGGUAUUUCACACUUAGCUAAGCAGCUGAUUCAUUUGAUGUAUUGAACGUGGAACUCUAUGAGUUUCAAUUGCUAUAAUAUAAUAUACAUAUCCUUUUCACUUC